CCACACGAAUGCUCACAACACUAAUAAGAGUACAACAAAAAAGCGCAAGCUUAAAGGGAAUUUAAUCAAAACUUAGCCACAGUGUGUGUACGGGGCAGGAAAGAGGGCAGCAAAAGUUCACCUGCUGCUGCAUUUUAAAUAAACGAGGCGAGCAACCAAUCAAAAGGGAAAACUCAAGAAGAAAAAAGAAACGUUCAAGUGAAAAGCCCUGGACAGCGCCAUACGAGCUCAGCAACAUGUCGCAACACUUCACAUCGAUACUGGAGAACUUGCGUUUUGUGGCCACCAAAUGUACGCCAAAUUCGCAACAACAACAGCAGCCACCGCAACAGCAACAGCAACAAACGGCGUCAGGCAACAACAGUGCGCAGGGCACACCGGUGGCCACUCCCAAAGCAACGCCAGCUAACAAAAUUGAAAGCGAACAAAGCAGAAAAAUCAAAGUUCAGCCAAAGUCUGUGGCAACAACGACUCCUACGGUAAAUGGCAACGGGCUCUUGAGCGCAAAUGAGGACCAGCAUGAAGUGGAUCACCAGUGCAGCGGCAGCAGUGUUGGGGCGAUAACAGGUGGUGGCGGUGGCACGCCACUGAAGCACCACAAACGCGCCAGCGUUUCAGCAGCAUCGCCACUGCGUGAACGUGAGAGACGUGGCACCAACACCAGCAUAAUUGUGGAAAUUGAUAGUGGCGUCGGAGGCGCCCCCAAUGCCGCCUCAGGCAGUGGCACCGCCUCGGGCAAAAGUUCACGCGAACUUUCCCCAACGCCAAAAAAUCAACAACCAAGAAAAAUGUCGCAGGAUUAUCGUUCGCGAGCUGGCAGUUUCAUGCACCUGGACGAUGAGGGACGGAGUGUGCUGAUGCGUAAGCCAAUGCGUCUAAAGAACAUCGAGGGUCGACCGGAAGUCUACGACACACUGCACUGCAAAGGACUUGAGGUACUGUCCUGUUCAAAGGCCACCUGCACAAGCAGCAUCAUGAACUUUGGCAAUGCGCCGGUCGAGGCGCGCAAAUCGGAGCUGGUGCUGGAGCAUGCCAAGGAUUUUCUGGAUCAGUACUUUGCCUCGAUAAAGCGCACCUCAUCAUCCGCACACGAAACGCGCUGGAAACAGGUGCGACAGAGCAUUGAGACAACAGGACAUUAUCAGCUGACCGAAACGGAACUAAUUUAUGGCGCCAAAUUAGCCUGGCGGAACUCCUCCAGGUGCAUUGGACGCAUACAGUGGUCAAAGCUGCAGGUCUUUGAUUGCCGAUAUGUGACCACAACCAGCGGCAUGUUUGAAGCUAUUUGUAAUCAUAUCAAAUAUGCGACAAAUAAAGGCAACCUAAGAUCAGCCAUAACGAUAUUUCCACAACGCACAGAUGCACGCCAUGAUUAUCGCAUUUGGAAUAGUCAGCUUAUUUCCUAUGCGGGUUAUAAGCAAGCCGAUGGCAAAAUUAUAGGUGAUCCCAUGAAUGUGGAGUUUACGGAGGUUUGCAUCAAGCUGGGCUGGAAGAGCAAGGGUGGCAAUUGGGACAUAUUGCCACUGGUUGUGUCGGCCAAUGGACAUGAUCCGGACUAUUUUGAUUAUCCGCCAGAAUUAAUAUUGGAAGUUCCAUUAAGUCACCCCAAAUUCGAGUGGUUCACCGAUUUGGGCUUACGUUGGUAUGCGCUGCCCGCCGUCUCUGGCAUGCUUUUCGAUGUGGGUGGCAUUCAGUUUACGGCAACCACAUUCAGCGGUUGGUACAUGUCAACGGAGAUUGGCUCCCGAAAUUUAUGCGACACAAAUCGUCGUAAUAUGUUGGAGACAAUGGCUCUGAGGAUGAAUCUGGACACACGCACACCCACCUCACUGUGGAAGGAUAAGGCGGUUGUGGAGAUGAAUAUAGCCGUGCUGCAUUCAUAUCAGAGUCGGAAUGUGACGAUUGUCGAUCAUCACACGGCCAGCGAGAGCUUCAUGAAGCAUUUCGAGAAUGAGUCGAAGCUGCGAAAUGGCUGCCCCGCCGAUUGGAUAUGGAUUGUUCCGCCACUUUCCGGCUCCAUAACGCCGGUGUUUCAUCAGGAGAUGGCUCUGUAUUAUCUAAAGCCCUCGUUUGAAUAUCAGGACCCCGCCUGGCGUACGCACAUCUGGAAAAAGGGACGUGGCGAGAGCAAAGGCAAAAAGCCAAGACGUAAAUUUAAUUUUAAACAAAUCGCUAGGGCUGUGAAAUUUACAUCGAAGCUGUUCGGGCGCGCCUUGUCGAAACGCAUAAAGGCGACGGUAUUGUAUGCCACAGAGACUGGAAAAUCGGAACAGUAUGCAAAGCAAUUAUGCGAGCUACUGGGACAUGCAUUCAAUGCCCAGAUAUAUUGCAUGUCCGACUAUGAUAUAUCCUCCAUCGAGCAUGAGGCAUUGCUGAUUGUGGUGGCCUCGACCUUUGGCAAUGGAGAUCCACCGGAAAACGGCGAGCUGUUCUCACAGGAUUUGUAUGCGAUGCGAGUGCAGGAGUCGGGCGAGCAUGGGCUGCAGGAUUCCAGCAUUGCCGUCGGCUCAUCCAAGUCCUUCAUGAAAGCCAGCUCUCGGCAGGAAUUCAUGAAGCUGCCGCUGCAACAAGUUAAAAAAAUCGAUCGUUGGGACUCACUGCGCGGCUCAACCUCUGAUACCUUUACGGAGGAAACCUUCGGACCACUCUCCAAUGUUCGCUUUGCCGUCUUCGCGUUGGGCUCUUCGGCCUAUCCAAACUUUUGCGCUUUCGGACAGUAUGUGGACAAUAUAUUGGGCGAGCUGGGCGGCGAGCGACUGCUAAAUAUUGCGUAUGGCGAUGAGAUGUGCGGCCAGGAGCAAUCGUUUAGAAAAUGGGCACCAGAGGUGUUCAAGCUGGCCUGUGAAACUUUUUGUCUAGAUCCAGAAGAAAGUCUUUGUGCUUCUCUGGCGCUGCAAAACGAAUCCUUGACUGUGAAUACGGUGCGUCUGGUGCCCUCGCAGAGCAAAGUCUCGCUGGAGAACGCCCUGUCCAAGUAUCACAAUAAGAAGGUACAUUGCUGCAAAAUCAAAGUGCAGCCCCACAAUCUGACGAAGUUGAGCGAGGGGGCCAAGACCACAAUGCUGUUGAAAAUAUGUGCGCCCGGACUGGACUAUGAGCCUGGGGAUCAUGUGGCCAUAUUUCCAGCGAAUAAUGAGCAAUUGGUCUCGGGUCUGCUGCAGCGCCUGGCCGGUGUGGAGAAUCCCGAUGAGGUGCUGCAGCUGCAGCUGCUGAAGGAGAAUCAAACGUCGAAUGGCAUUUUCAAAUGUUGGGAACCGCACGACAAGAUACCAGCCGAUACGCUCCGCAAUUUGCUGGCGCGUUUCUUUGACUUGACAACGCCGCCAUCACGUCAAAUGUUGACACUCUUGGCCGGCUUCUGUGAGGAUGCGGCGGACACGGAGCGCCUGCAGCAGCUGGUUAACGAUUCGUCCGCCUAUGAGGAUUGGCGCCAUUGGCGUCUGCCGCAUUUGCUGGAUGUGCUCGAGGAGUUUCCAUCAUGUCGACCGCCCGCCUCAUUGAUCCUGACCAAUCUUAUGCCCCUGCAAUCGCGUUUCUACUCAAUUUCCUCCUCCCCCCGAAGAGUGAGCGACGAGAUACACUUGACAGUGGCCAUCGUCAAGUAUCGCAGCGAGGACGGACAGGGGGACGAGCGCUAUGGCGUCUGCUCCAACUAUCUGGCUGGACUGCAAGCCAACGAUGAUGUCUAUAUGUUUGUACGCAGUGCUCCAAGCUUCCAUUUGCCGGCGGAUCGCAGUCGACCUGUGGUGCUCAUUGGUCCGGGCACGGGUAUUGCGCCUUUUCGCUCCUUCUGGCAGGAGUUCCAAGUGCUGCGCGAAAUGGAGGAGUCAGCCAAGUUGUCCAAAAUGUGGCUCUUCUUUGGCUGUCGCAAUCGUGAUGUCGACUUGUAUGCGGAGGAGAAGGCGCAGCUGCAGCAGGAUCAGAUUUUGGAUCGCACGUUUCUAGCGCUGUCGCGCGAUCCCAGCAUACCAAAGACAUAUGUGCAGGAUCUGAUUGAACAGGAAUUUGAUUCGUUGUACGAUUUGAUUGUACAGGAAAGGGGACAUGUCUAUGUUUGCGGCGAUGUCACAAUGGCCCAACAUGUGUACCAGACCAUCAGGAAAUGCAUUGCUGGGAAGGAGCAAAAACCCGAAGCGGAAGUUGAGACAUUUUUGCUAACAUUGCGCGACGAGAAUCGCUAUCAUGAGGAUAUCUUUGGCAUCACAUUGCGCACGGCUGAGAUACACACAAAGUCCCGUGCCACGGCUCGCAUUCGCAUGGCUUCCCAGCCCCCAUAAGGGGAAAUGGCUCUGCAACAUGGCUUAAAGGGGGACCCCAACAGUACGCAUUCAAUUCGCAGCCUGAUGUUAAUAGUUUGAUGAUUAAGUGUACACUUUUCUCUUGUUAUCAAUAGUUUGCAUACAUUUCUUUUUUUUACUUCUAUCUGAAACGUAAGGCGUGUCUAUUAUUUUAGUAAAUAGUUUGU